CUCAGAUGUCUCUGUUUUAAUCAUUGUGAAAUUCUCCAUCUUAGAGCUUGAUUUUUGCUUCGAUGGCGUUGAUGACGCUUAUUCGACACUUUGAGAUGGCAUUUUAGCUGAUUCAACGAGUCGUUUAUGUUGGAUCUUUAACUAAUUUGAGCUCAUUCUGCUACAUCUGGUUUAAGGGAUAUUGAUCACUUGGAUUGCUAAAUUUUUGGGAGAAAGAGAUAAGCUUUCUGAUUUUUUUUGAAUAAUGGCUGCUUGGUCACCAUCAGUUGGGAUAGGAUCUUUUUCUCUCCAUAAUGGCAUCACUAGAACUUGGAAGUUUCCUUCUCCAAGGUUUUUUACUGGUAAGAAUAGGAUUAAACUUGGAUCCGAGACACUGAUAGUUACAAGAAAACGUUUCUUGGGGGAUUUGGGUACAAGCGCGUUGCAAAGUUAUCAGUUGAGUAAAAUUUGUGCUUCGAGGACAUCUGUCGAGCUGCAAGAUCAAGUGUCUACUAGAAGAGCUCAGGUAUAUGACCCAAAGAAGGUAACAUCGUAUUUGUUCAGGACGAAGUCUGGUGCCCUUGUUAAAGUUAAAGUUGAAAAGAAGAGAGAAAAAUACAGUAUCAUGGUUCAUGUCUCAUCUUUGGAACUAAGUGGUGAUGACAAGAGUAGACUGGUCAUGGUUUGGGGUGUAUACAGGUCUGAUUCUUCGUGUUUUUUGCCUCUGGAUUUUGAAAACUCUUCCCAAGACUCACACACCCACACAACAGAAACUCCAUUUGUCAAAAGCUCCUCGUCAGAGUUAAUGCUAGGGCUAGAGUUUGAUGGGAAAGAAUCUCCUUUCUUUCUAUCAUUUCAUCUGAAGUUAGUGUCAGGAAAAGAUCCAGACGGUCAAGAAAUACUGACACACAGGGAUACUGACUUCUGUGUCCCAGUCGGUUUUACUGCUGGUCAUCCAUUGCCGCUAGGCCUUUCUUCUGGUCCAGAUGAUGACACUUGGAAUUUUGCAUUCUUUUCAAGAAAUUCAACGAGCGUGGUUUUAUGUUUGUAUGAUGAUAGCACAACCGAUAAACCUGCUUUAGAGCUUGAUCUAGAUCCUUAUGUAAACCGAACUGGCGAUGUUUGGCAUGCUUCAGUUGACAAUACAUGGGAUUUUGUGAGAUAUGGCUACCGUUGCAAGGAGAUGGCUCAGUCAGAAGAAGAUGAAGAUGUUGAAGCUCAGCCAGUUGCUUUGGAUCCAUAUGCCACAGUCAUUGAUAAAUCUUUCUCUCAGAAGUUUCUUGGAAGUUUAUUAAAAACCCCUUCCUUUGAUUGGGGAGAAGAUGUGUCUCCGAACAUACCACUGGAGAAACUUAUUGUUUACAGGUUGAAUGUGAAGGGUUUUACACAACACAAAUCCAGCAAGUUGCCUAGUAACGUAACAGGGACUUUUUCUGGUGUAGCUGAGAAAGUUAACCACUUGAAGACCCUUGGAAUCAACGCUGUCCUCUUGGAGCCAAUAUUUUCGUUCUCCGAGCAAAAGGGGCCUUACUUUCCAGUUCAUUUCUUUUCACCAAUGGAUAUGUAUGGACCUUCCAAUGGCUUUGAAUCCGCAGUUAAGUCAAUGAAAGAGAUGGUGAAGAAAUUGCACAGUCAGGGAAUAGAGGUACUUUUGGAAGUAGUUUUUACACACACUGCUGAUUCUGGAGCUCUUCGCGGAAUCGAUGACAGUUCUUAUUAUUACAAGGGAAGGGCCAACGAUCUAGAUUCGAAAAGUUACUUGAACUGUAACUAUCCUGUUGUACAGCAGUUGAUUUUGGAGAGCUUGCGUUACUGGGUAACUGAGUUUCAUAUAGAUGGAUUUUGUUUCAUAAAUGCUUCGUCCCUCUUGAGAGGUGUUCAUGGUGAACAGCUCUCUCGUCCUCCCUUGGUUGAAGCAAUAGCUUUUGACCCACUUCUUGCGGAGACCAAACUAAUCGCAGAUUGCUGGGAUCCACUUGAAAUGAUGCCAAAAGAAGUACGGUUCCCGCAUUGGAAACGAUGGGCAGAACUCAAUACAAGAUAUUGUCAAAAUAUAAGGAACUUUAUGAGAGGGAAAGGCGUUCUAAGUGAUCUGGCGACAAGGAUUUGUGGUAGUGGUGAUAUAUUUACUGAUGGAAGAGGUCCGGCUUUCUCCUUCAACUACAUUUCCAGAAACUCAGGACUUUCUCUUGUUGACUUAGUCAGUUUCAGUGGCCCUGAGCUAGCUUCAGAGCUAAGUUGGAAUUGUGGGGAAGAAGGAGCAACAAAUAAAUCAGCUGUUCUUCAAAGAAGGCUAAAACAAAUCCGAAAUUUCUUGUUUAUACAGUACAUUUCACUCGGAAUUCCGGUGCUUAACAUGGGAGAUGAAUGUGGUAUCUCAACAAAAGGCUCGCCUUUGUUGGAAUCACGGAAAUCUUUUGAUUGGAACAUGAUAGCUUCAGCUUUCGGUACGCAGAUCACACAAUUCAUCUCCUUCAUGACUUCAGUAAGAGCAAGAAGACACGAUGUGUUUCAAAGGAGAAACUUUUUGAAACCUGAGAACAUUGCUUGGUAUGCAAAUGACCAAACAACUCCGAAUUGGGAAGACCCUGCUUGCAAAUUUUUGGCAUUGGGGAUCAGAGCCGAGGCAGAGGAAGAAGAGACUGCGUCAUUGGUUGAGCCAACCGAGCCAAAGAAGAGCAGUGAUCUGUUCAUCGGAUUCAAUGCAAGUGAUCAUCCGGAGAGUGUAAUCCUACCUUCACUUUCUGAUGGAAGCAAAUGGAGGCGAUUGGUCGACACAGCUCUUCCUUUCCCAGGGUUUUUCUCUGUCGAAGGAGAGACCGUUGUAGCACAAGAACAGAUGCAGCAACUGGUUGUGUAUGAGAUGAAGCCAUACAGUUGUACCCUUUUUGAAACCAUCAGUUCUACUGCUUAGGACUCAAGGUUAUGAUCUUUGUAUAUGUUAUUGUGUUGUCAUAUACCAAAUAAGAAUAUUCAAUUAAAUCAAGGACUUCCACAA